AUAUAACUGAAAUUGCACCGUGCAUUUUGCAGACUUCACCAACAGAUCAGCAGCUGAACAGACUUGCGAGGAGACUGGGACCUGAAUGGGAGCACAUAAUUCUGUGCUUGGGUUUGUCCCACACUGACAUCUAUCGAUGUAAAGUCAAUCACCCUCACAACCUGCAGUCUCAGAUCAUAGCUGCCUUUGUCCUGUGGAGACAGCGUUUGGGGAAGAAAGCAACGAUCCAAAGCCUGCAGGCCAGCCUCAUGGCAGAAGAAGUGGAUCCUUCUGUGAUACAGUACAUGCUUGAGUGAAGCCUUGCUAUCGAUUGGGAGCUUUCAAGUACUUUGUUAAAUUAAAUAAAGAGGAUUAAUGGAAAUGUACCUUGAAGAUCUGAUGCCUCAAACUGGAAAAAAAAAUGGGGUUGGGAACUAUGGUUUUAUCAAGCUUAAACAUUCCAGUUUUCUGUGGCAUCUUGUGACUUGUAAUUCCUUUCAUGCCAGAUUAAUUUUUAGGAGGCAUUAAAAAGUGGAUCACUC